GUUUGAAACCCCCUUUAGCUAAGAAUCCUUCACCCUCACUAUCAUAGUUCUUUUCUUUUUAUUUCAGGAAUAUAAUCAAACAGAUAGAGAUAAUAAUUUUUGGUGCCAAGCUAUUACUGAUUAUGCUCAUUGACUUCUCUUCAUCUCUAUUACCCACUUUUAUUAACGUCUCAAAACCCCCAAACUCCACUUAAUUUUUAAUUUCUGGGUUUGGUCCUUUUUUAGGUAUGGUAACUGGUGGUAACACUAUUCAAAACCAUAACUACCAAGGAGAUGGCGAUAAAAACCCAACUAAGAGAUGUGCUUCUAGGUCGUGGGGAACCGCCGUUUCAGGUCAAUCCGUUUCGAUUAGUGGCAGUGUUGGCUCUCCCUCGAGCCGGAGUGAGCUGGCUAUGGCUACGCCUGCUAGUGAGAACACUUUUUUAAGAUUGAACCACCUCGAUAUUCACGGAGAUGAUGCUGGAUCUCAAAGUGCUGUCGGUAAUAAAAAGAAAAAGAGAGGUCAACGGGCGGUUGGAGGUGAUAAAAGUGGCAGAGGACUCCGUCAAUUUAGCAUGAAAGUUUGUGAAAAAGUGGAAAGUAAGGGAAGAACCACAUACAAUGAGGUGGCAGAUGAACUUGUUGCUGAUUUUGCUGAUCCAGGCGGUAGCGUAGCAUCACGUUAUAAGCAAUAUGAUGAGAAGAACAUUCGGCGAAGGGUUUAUGAUGCUCUUAACGUACUAAUGGCAAUGGAUAUUAUAUCUAAGGAUAAAAAAGAAAUACAGUGGAAGGGACUUCCUCGUACUGGCUUGAAUGAUAUAGAAGAUCUAAAGACUGAAUGGCUUGGACUGAGAAAUAGGAUUGAAAAAAAGGCUGCCUAUCUGCAUGAAUUGGAGGAACAGUUUGUAGGUCUUCAGAAUUUGAUACUACAAAAUGAGCAAUUGUACAGCUCAGGAAAUGCUCCCAGUGGGGGUGUGGCUUUACCUUUUAUCCUGGUGCAGACACGCCCUCAUGCAACCGUUGAGGUAGAAAUAUCAGAAGAUAUGCAGCUGGUGCAUUUUGACUUUAAUAGCACUCCAUUUGAGCUCCACGAUGACAAUUAUGUUUUGAAGGCUAUGAAAUUCUGCGGGAGACCAGAGAGUGACGAAACCGUGCACAAUUUUUCUGCAGACGGUGAAGGCUCUAGCAUGUCUGCGAUGUACCAGCAACAGAUCCAUCCUCCAAUGACAAGCACACCGGGUAGGCUUCCUGCAUCACCGCCUCUCCCUGGAAUACUAAAAGCACGUGUGAAGCAAGAACAUUCAUAGUUUCAUGCUGAGCACCGUCAAAAACCAUCCAUUUGUACAAUGUGUAAAGUAAUUUUCCAGAAGCCUCCCCUGUAGGAUCAUCUUCACCUCACAAAAUUUUUCCCCACAAUAAGCCGGAUUAGUCCAUUUUCUAGAAGGCUUUUUGUAGGGUAUCGGUUCAGGCAAGUCCUUUUAACUUUUACAUCUUUAUAAUCAGCUCUUUUCAUUGCUUUUAUCUUACUUUGCCUUGUUAUUUUGGCCUCGGUGUUGUAGAAAUUACCUUAUUUGUAU